CCGAGACUUCUGACCGCGUUUCUUAGCGCUGAGAAAAUAACCUUUUACAAACGCCUUUAAUAUACAGUUUAUAAUUCCUAAUCUCUAAUAUUAGAAAAUUGGGGUGAUAUUCCACCCGAUCAAGUAUGGAGAAAUCAGUCUGAAGGACUCCUUUACUUUAAAAUAUCCCUACUUAGAAUGUGUGGAAUUUUCUUAAGAUGGAAGAGAAAUGUACCAAUUUUGAAAAGAUGUAGUGCUGCAACGUGCCUGAUGGGAUAUGUUCAGUCAUGGCAUCCGAACUUUGUAAGACGAUUUCUGUGGCAAGGCUGGAAAAGCACAAGAAUUUGUUCUUAAAUUACAGGAAUCUGCACCAUUUCCCAUUGGAGUUACUGAAAGAUGAGGGACUGCAGUACUUGGAGAGAUUGUAUAUGAAAAGGAACUCCCUUACAACCUUGCCAGAAAACCUUGCUCAGAAGCUUCCAAACCUUGUGGAACUGUACCUUCAUUCAAAUAACAUUGUUGUAGUUCCAGAAGCUAUCGGGUCCCUUGCAAAACUCCAGUGUCUGGAUCUUAGUGACAACACCUUAGAAAUUGUUUGCCCAGAAAUUGGUCGUCUGAGAGCUUUACGUCAUCUUCGACUAGCUAAUAACCAACUACAAUUCCUACCUCCAGAGGUUGGCGAUUUGAAGGAGCUGCAGACCCUAGACAUUUCUUCCAAUCGUUUGCUAACUUUACCCGAGAGGCUUCACCUGUGCCUUUCUCUGCAGUACCUAACUGUGGACCGAAAUCGUCUGUGGUGUGUCCCGCGUCACCUCUGCCAGCUUCCCAGCCUCAACGAGCUCUCCAUGGCUGGAAACCGUCUCGCAUUCCUACCACUCGAUUGUGUUGGCUUUUCUGGGUCCCCAUCCAAAGAGGAAAGAAGGUUUUGUUCAACAAAUGAUGGUGGGAGAAAUGGACAGCCACAUGCAAAAGAUUUAGGUCGAUCCCGAGAACUUCAAUAUGUGUACGUGGAUAACAAUGUUCACCUGAAAGGCUUGCCAUCCUAUCUGUACAAUAAAGUCAUCGGGUGCAAUGGCUGUGGUGCUCCCAUUCAAGUGUCAGAGGUGAAGUUGCUGUCCUUUUCAUCGGGGCAGCUAACUGUUUUCCUCCCGACGGAGGUGAAAUCCAUAGGCACAGAGGAGGACCGCGUCCUGCCUCUCCAAGAACUAGCCAUGCGGAACCUGUAUCAUACCCACCACAGGCUGUGGAAAGAUUUGAACUUUCUGUCUCCAAUCUCGCUACCCAGAAGUCUCCUGGAGCUGCUGCACUGCCCCCUGGGGCACUGUCACCGCUGCAGCGAGCCCAUGUUUACGAUUGUCUACCCCAAGCUCUUUCCCUUGAGAGAGACGCCGAUGGCAGGGCUGCACCAGGGGAGGACAACUGUUAGUUUUGUGGCUUACUGCUGCUCCACCCAGUGUCUGCAGACUUUUGACCUACUGAGUUGAUAAACACUCAAGAGCCCCCGGGAGCGGGGCCAGCUUGUCACUGCAGUCGCCUGCAAAUCGCACCCGGUCUGCGGGGCCCAGGGGCCGGAGUCCAGCCAGGGCACAGCAGAACUUACAUCGGCCUUGCCAAACGUGGGUGGGCCGCAGAAAUCUCUGGAAACGUCCGGAUUGAGCUUCAGAUCCAAACUGCCUUCCCUUUCUCCCCCAAAAUGGAAUAUAUCCCUGCCCCCCAAAAUUAAGGAACACUUGUCUUCUGUGUGGUUUUUUAAUAUGAGUGUGUCUCAUACACAAACUAUUUACUUUGAUGUGCCUCCCCAAACCUAAUUGAAAGCAAGUUUCCAUUCCCUGAAGAACUGAUUUGAUAAUACAGCCAAAUUAACUUGUGAACAUGCAUAUCUUCACUGAUAAUUCUAAUCUCCUCUCUUCUUUCUUUCGCCAGAGACUUGUUUCCCCCAGAGGUUAUUCUCCAUGGUUUCCCCAGUGGAAACCUGUCAGUUUUUAAAGAGUUUCAGCAAACCCCAAGGCCUCAGUAGUCUUGAAUAGGGGGAGGAGGUGCCUGAGUUGGCGGCAGUUAGACUCCCGUGGAGGCUGGGCAAGGAUCUCUGUCACACCACAUAUGCCCUCUUGAAAGUUUAUAAGUUUUGCACUGUACUAAGAGACUUUUUUGGGGAGGGGGGCUUGUAAAAUAAAAAUAUAGACUAUGAAUGAGACACUGUUACUUUAAAAGACUUUACAGAAAAAUAAUUUUGCAAUUUUUUUAUAUCCUGAUAAGAUUUUUUAAUGUGGGAAGAGUUUGAGGAAUAUUUGAGGCUUUAAAAGAUCUGAUCCUUUUCUUUCUAGAUUUAAACAUGUUCAGUAUAAUGCAAAAGGGGGAAGAAAAAAAAAAACACACCACAAAAUGACCUCCAGUUUUCUUUUUUUAAAUAAGCUUAUGAUUAAAUUUAUAUUGACUAUGAAUAUUUUUGUUGCAUGUGAAAAACAGGCUUCAGCUACUUCUGCGAUUGGUUUUUAACAAGAUGACUCUAAGUGUUGCGUGCACACCUUAUUUUAAUACAUUCAUUAUGACCCUAAUUUGUUAGGUACUUACAUGGUUGUGCAGACACCACUGAAAAAAUGCAGGAAAAGCAGUUCCAAAUUCUGCCUUGGACUUCUGCAAAAAGACCAUAAACUGAAAGUGCAUGAGAUUACACCCUGACAGAAAGAAAUGCUCCCAAUGGGAGCGUUCUCCAUAUUUGCUCUUCUUUUGAAAAGAUGGCAUUUUAAUGUUACUUUCCUGCCAGAUGUUCAUCUGGUUGCUGAGAAGUCUUCCUCCCUCCCUCCCUUCCUUCUUACCUUUAAAUGACAGAGUUUUCUAUAAAGAGUACUAGAAAAGGAACCAAGGUUUGCUUGGCAGAAUCAUUGUUUUAAAAGAUUUUCAGACUUGUUAAAAAUUCUGUCUAUGGAAUUUUAAUAGCUGCCCUAAAUCUGUAAUGCUGGGUUCUAACAGUGCUAAAAAUCCUACAUCGUUACUGACAAAUGUGUGAUCUUUUCACAGUCACACCACCUGCUGCCCAGAAAGGAACUAUCCAUCUAGAAUGCUGAAGGCAGAAAGUUAUGUCUUCCAACUGCAUUUGCACCAUUCUUACUUCCUCUUGUUUCUUUCAUAAUGUGAUCUGUUCAGCUUUAACAUUUCAAAGGCAUAUAGAAUAAUAAGAACUGAAGAUCUAUAUCAAAAUAUAACACUUCUUUCAUCCUUUGGAAUAAUUGGAGUUUUAGUUCUAACCUCGACACGUAUACAGAAGUUGGUGGGUGAAAAAUGUAGUGUGAAAUUUCACAAAUGUGAUUCAAGCCUAAGUGACAGAAAAUAUAUUGCAACGUCUUUCUAUUUCACCCUCUACAACCAUAUGUCUUAGAACAGAACUAUGAACUGUGCUAACCUGAUACUCAGGAUUCCUGUUGAGAUAAAGGCUUGCUGUGUUUUAACUUAUUUGACAUUUUAUAAAGACACCUGCAAUCCAAGCACCCUCUUACAAUAUAUCGAUAAUAGUUUGUCUACUGUAGACCGCUGUGCAUUGAACAGCAGCAACAAUCUUUGGGCAGGCUCAACCUUAAUCCCUGCUGUAGCACCUGAGCUUAAUUGAUGAGAUGUAGAACUUCUCACUUGGUUUUCCUCAUGCCUGUCAUUAUGGAAAUCUGGGGCUGGAUUCACUGAUGUCAUUCUUAACCUUUUGAUAUCAUAAAGGAGUGACAUAGGCCGGAGAAAAUUUGCCUUCAUGCUGUCUUUGAAUUGUGUACAUAGCUUUGCAGAAAAGCUAAUUCCAAAGUUAUUUAUAUAUUGUUUUCUUGAGCAACAGUUAUGCUAGGUAGGAAAAUAUUCCAUGCAGUAAUAAUGGGGCAAAAGUGAGCUACUUAGGAAAUAGAGUCUAUUCAGAUUAAGUUCCCAUCAGUGAUCAGAUGUGUGGUUAACAGUAAAUUUUAAAUUCCAGGAUAGCCUGUUGGGCAUAAAGCCUUCCUAGAGUGUAGGGCAGAUGGGGUUCAUUUCAAGUAGAUCACCUGUCAGUGUCCUUCAUGACACCUAACUGUUAUCAUACCCAAAGUUACAGUUACAUACAUUAUUUCAUACAUGUAUAUUUUAAACACACUUUAAAAAUCAUUUUAGAUGACUAAUACACAAAAGAGCCCUGGCCAGUGGAGGAUCCACUCUGCUUAAUGGAGAAGAGGAAGUAACUCCUGUGUCUGUUAUCUGGACUUCCUCUUCUGGAAAGAUAAGGUGUACGUUAAACAUCUUCUGGCCAGCGUACUCAGCAUCCACAAAAACCUCUCACACUCUGGCUUGUCUGACUAAUUUAAUGUACAUCUUGCUUUUGUUUCAUUGAACAUAAUGAAUUAAAAGGUUUACAGUCUAAGAUAAAAGGCUUCAGCAUCAAUUGGCUUAUGAGGCCCCUGCAUAUGGUUUUCCUAAAAUAUAUAUCUAUUCUGUAGUCUCGGACUUUCAACGCCAGUUUUUUAAAUUAUUAAUAGUGAUAUUAGGUUUAUGCUUCCUGAAUUGAAAAAUCGGAUGUUCUCAUCUUUGACAUAAAAAAGCUUAAAUGUGAUACAUUGAUUUAACAGAAAUCAAAAUAUUUUUGUUCAGAUGAUUUGUGAACAUGGAUUCCUAACUGGGCCAACACUAAUGCAACAAGAUAUAAUUAAAUGUUGAGAUGUAAAUUCAUUUCACAGACUUUUAAA